UAUAUAUCCUCUCUUUGAACCCAGCCCUUAACCUCAAAAAUCAAAUAUGCCGUCUUCCCUUCAAUUCUACCGCCACACCGCCACUAAACCCACCGCCGCUUUCAAUUGUCAUCACGCCGCCGUUAAUCCAAAAAACCAAUUCGUGCCGCCUCCGUGCCCGGUCGCUGAUCACAAACAUGCGGUGGCGUCGGACCAGUGCAGCUCCGUCGUGGUGCAGACGAUCGACGCUCCGGUACCCGUCGUUUGGUCGUUGGUCCGGCGGUUCGACAACCCACAAACGUACAAGCACUUUCUGAAGAGUUGCCGGAUUGUGGACGGCGAUGGGGAAACGGUUGGAACGGUGCGUGAGGUGCACGUGGUGUCAGGUCUGCCAGCGCUGUCGAGUAAAGAACGGUUGGAGAUUCUGGACGACGAAAAGCACGUGAUGAGCUUCAGCGUUGUAGGAGGGGACCACAGGCUGAAGAAUUACCGGUCGGUGAUGAGCUUACACGUGGUACCGGGUGGCGGAGGAACGGUGGUCGUGGAGUCGUACGUGGUGGACGUGCCGCCGGGAAAUACAAAAGAAGAAACGUGCGUGUUCGUAAAUACGAUCGUGCGGUGCAAUUUACAAUCGUUGGCUCGAGUAUCGGAGAAUAUUGCCAAAUCAAAGACCAAAAGUAUAUAAAAAGAAAUCAUAUACUAUUUUAGGCAUUAUAAUGUGGAUAAUCAAAUGCUAAAUCGCUUCAAUUUUUUUGUUUCUUUUUUUGGGUCCAGACUUUAACUUCCAUUGAUAUCA